AUGCGAACUGACGAUGGACUAUUACCGGCCAUUAAACGUGCAACAAAAAGUGGUCAUAACAGUGUCAUACAAUUUAGAGCUAAACACACAGAUGUGACAAUGACAAUUGCAAGUGGACGAACAGAACAGCAAGUGAUUGAGGAUGACGGCACAGAAGUGCCUGAUACGCCUACCUUAGUAGCCGCCACAACUCUACCUAUAGCUUCUUCAGCUCCAGCAGUAGCCACCUCAGCCCCAGCGGUAGCCGCCAAUACGCCUGCCUUGACCGCCAACGCACCGGCCGCUUCCACGCCGCUAAUCGUUCCAGCUAAACCACCUGCGGCCUAG